AUGUCUCUCACUCCCAAUCCCCUUUCUGAGUUUCUCAUCACAGAGUCCGCAAGCAAGUUCAAAAGCGCAAACGAUUUUGCUGAACAUGUGUAUUCUCUCAUUUCAGAAGUGAAAGAGCAUCGCGUCUUUCUGUUUACCGAAGUGCCCGAGUCGUGGGGUAGAGCCGCUUUCGAGGCAGUCGAUGAAUCCUUUCCUUGCCGGCAAACUCUUGAUCCAUUUACUCAUACCUUACGAGUCAAGGCAAUGCUGGAAUAUAUUCAUGAGAUCGCUGAUCAGUGGAUGCCUCUUAUGGUAGAGAAAUGGCGCUAUCAAGACAACCUUCUGACACAACAUGAGCGCCUCCUGCUGUCGUAUGUGGGCAAUACAACGCUGCGAUUUACCUCUGGGCCAUGUCGCGGCUGGACCAAAUCUCCCGACUUUACCAUUCAGGUUGAGGGUCAGAGCUUCCCAAGUAUUGUGGUCGAAAGCGGUUGGAGUGAAGGUUAUAACAAAUUGUUUGAAGAUAUCAAUCGGCUCAUCAUCGGGGGAGACGGAGAAACUAACAUCGCCAUCCUCAUGAAUUGGCGACAGAGAGUCAACGGUGUUACUGGCAUUAUUGAGGUAUAUCGACGCGAUAACACAAAUAUUCCUCAACUCCUACACAGAGAAGAUAUUUUUCCACGCCCGGACCCCCCUACUGUUUCCAUGAUUCCGAUCCGUCGGGUUGACUUGUUCGGACGAUCUCUACUGACCGGAAGUAAUCCAAAUGAUGUACUGAAUCUCGACCUUGAGAUUCUUCGAAACGUGGCAACUCUUGGUCUUCAUCGUAUGGGCCUUUCUCCUUUCUAG